CUCAACAUGGAUGCGCCCAUCUGUCAAGUGUGAAGUGAUUCGGGUAUUAUUUGUUAACGGUUAUCCUUAGUUAUUUCUUCAUAUUUUACAUGGUGUUGCAUUGUGCUGUAUUUGAUAAUUCAUAAUAGCCGAACUUGUGUCGUUACCGACUUGCGUAAUUAUUUUGUAUUGCCCUGAGUGUUACGUCGGCAUUCACCUUAUUCACAGGUAUCGGUGGGACGUGUCAUGACUCUCAGCUACAAAGUCUAUAGUGGCUGAUAAACUACUGUGAUGUCAGGACUGGGGUCGGUACAGCAGAAGAUUUCCUGCGUGUUUGAGACAACAGUCCUGAAUGAGCCAUCGAAAAAGAGGUCAUACCAACAGUAUAAUGUGGUGGCAACUAACACAGUGAGACAAGCGGCCAUACGAGAUGGCAUAGCCACUGCUAUCCCUACAGAGAAAUUGGACGGUACCUGUGUCUUUAUAUCAGAAUUUCAAGGUAAACCCUGGUUGUGGGCUCGCUUGGACAGAAAACCAAAUAAGGCAGCGGAAAAACGUUUUAAGAAAUUCCAGACCCAGCGACGACAAGGACAGGGAGACUCUGGACUUGCCCCUGAAGAAAGUUCAGAGGUCACAUUCCAUUGGGAAAUUCCUGGCGACUUUAAGGAUGUACCAGAUCAUUGGAUACCAGCAUCAGGUGUUCCAAUCAGUAACGAACAGCCACAACCAGAUGUCAAUGGACACAUUCCAGGUUGGGUACCUGUUGAUUUAAGCUCUCGUCAGCACUGUUGGCACCUGACAGCUGUUGAUCUGACACAUAGCAUUGGACUAGUCCUCAGAGAAAAGACAGAUGAAGGGAGAGAACUACAGGUGGAACUGGUGAAUCUGUCGGAGUUGAUUGGAACCACAGCAGAGUUAAUAGGCACCCACAUCAAUGCCAAUCCCUAUGGGAUUGGGAACAAGGCAACACCCCUCCAUCUUAUGGUGCUCCACGGGAGUAUUAGGGCAAAGGUCCCAGCAGGACUACACCUGGAUGAAGUGAGGUCGUGGUUUGAGGGCACAGACAGUGGACGUAUGGAGGGCGUGGUAUGGCACUGUGAGUCAGGCAGCCUGUAUAAGCUUCAUCGUCACCAUAUUAACCUACCCUGGCCAGUCAGUGACCCUGCAUUGAGUCAUCGCCCAGUCAGCAUAUCUGUUGAUUUCACUCAGUAUGAGACAGAGGAGGACAAGAAAUCGUGUUUGUGGACUUUAUCUAAACUGAAUGGACAGAUAUGUGACUCACUCCCUGAUAUAGUUGGGGCUCUUGACACGCUUUCCACACAGUCAUAGCCCAGAUAGGCUGUAAAUCCAGUAGAAUCUUAAAACACCAGGACAAAUAUAUGUGAUUAACUGGAAUCGGAUCUGUGAAAUGUCUCACAAACUGUUUUAAAUUUUGUUGUUUUUGUAAAUGUUUUACUUUUAUUGUUUUUAAUUGACCUAUUCAAAGUCAAUAGAGUAGAAAUGGAGAAAUUUUUUUGAGAAUUUUCUUCCUAUGUUCCUAGAAAACACAGGGCACUCAUCUCUGACCUGUCGGUUUCUGCUACAGAGUGCUAUGAAAUUAUCUUGCACCAAUGACCUUGACCUGUCUUCAAGGUCAGAGGGGUCAAAUAUGUUAAAAACUUCCAGAAUUUUUUUUUUUUUUAAGUUCCAGAAGACCAAGAGCCUUGAUAUGUUGCCAGCUGGUACCUAGGACAUAAUGGUAUACAUUUUCAUUGUGUAAAUGACUUUGGUCUAUUUUCAAGGUCACAGGGACCAAAUAGUAAAAGUUCCUUUGUGAAUCUUCUGCUCAUGUUCUAAAUGACCCAGGGUACCCGUCUUUUCUCAGUAAGUAUCUGUUAUGGAGUGCUAUGAAAUUUCCUCAUAGCAAUGACCUUGACCUAUUUCCAUAGGUAAGAUAUGUUAGAAACUUCAUUGAUCUUCAACGAAGUUCCAGAAGACCCAUAUGUAUAGUAUUUUCCUAGCAGUUAACAAGGAUUGAGUGCUAUAAAGAUUUGGCAUACAAAUGACCUAAGCAAGAUCGCCAUUGUGAAAUAAGAAAUAUGUGACCAUGUACACUAUGGAUACGACACAGGAUCAACAACUUGUUUUACAAAUACCAGCAGGAAUAUUUUGAUAUUUCAAUACCAUCAACUGACUUGGACAAUGCAUCUAUGAAAAACCCUGCAUUAUUAUUCACCAAUGCAUCAGAGAACAUUACCAGUUAGAAAUAUUGUACAUAUUUUGUAUGUCGUUUCCUAAAACAUCACUAUUGUAUUAUACAUCCAGUCAACAUGAAAAAUGAAUUUAGUAACAUUGCUGUAAUUUCUAACUUGCCAUGUGAGUUAUUUAGGGCCCAUGGUCAAUACUAUUGGAAGAUAGCAUGAAAGACAUGGUGUGAUAAGUACCUUUAAAAUAUGUAUUUGGGGAUAUAUAUAGUAUAUACUGAAUGAUGAAUUAUAAAACUUCACCAUACAACCGUUUAAUCCUUCAAGGACUCGUCAGUGAUGAAUAUAAAGCUUCACCAUACAGCCGUUUCAUCCUUCUAAGACUCGUCAGUGAUUAAUAUAAAACUGCACCAUACAACCGUUCUCUCCUUUUAGAACUUGUCAGUGAUGGUUAUAAAACUUCACCAUACAUCCGUUUCAUCCUCGGAUUCCAUGGUAAUGGGCCUGAAAUUUAUCAAUUCAGAAAAUAAGUAAGGAUUAUAUUAAUUUAGAUUCAAAUUAUGUAUCUAGACUUUAGAUAAUUGAACAUAAAAUGUAUAUAGUUGUAAAGUUAAUAUAAGCAUACUUCUAAACAUUUUUUUGUCCAAACGACACCUCAAAGUACUUGACCAUCAGCUUAAUAUUCUUCAGACGAAACUAUGUAAAAGCUGAAAUUAAGGUAUUAAGUGAUACCAGUCAUAUUUAUUUACAACUGUUUAUUGAUUAAAGAUUUUUUUUCUGUUA